UGUUUGUUUUCUCUUCUUCUUCUUCCUCUUCUUCUUGAGAGGGUUUACAGCGUCUUCUCUCUCUCUCGAUCGCUCGUCUUUGAUCCACCAUGGGGCUUCUUGACAAGCUGUGGGACGAUGUGGUGGCCGGGCCUCAGCCGGAUCGAGGCCUGGGAAUGCUGCGCAACAAGAAUGCCAAGGCGGUCGCCAGGGAUCUCACUGGCUUGGAUGGUGAUCCGCUCGGCGCCCCUGGCGCGCGAGACCCGAAAUAUCAGCGCUCCAGCACCAUGGUCACGCAGAGCAUCAACAUCCGCCCCCCGCCGCUGAUCCGAUCGGCCAGCUUUGGCGACGAGUCCGCGCCGGCUACCCCGACGGGAGCCGCCUCUAGCGUCGGCUCCCCAUCUUCUAUGGCUGGAUCUCCUGGAACCACGCCCAAAGAUAACGUUUGGCGAUCGGUGUUCCAUCCGGGAGCCGGGCGAGCGCGGGCAGUGGAGCGCCAGGGCUCCGCUCGCUACGACAAUGUGACACCAAACUCUCCGUCUGUGUAUGACUGGGUAGUGAUCAGUGUCUUGGACACCUGAAGAAAGAUCAGGGAGAGCUUCUUCCAUGUCGAUGGAUGUACAGCCCCGAGAGCAAGAACAAGUGGCACCACCCGUAAAUCUCCAGGUGCCAUGGCUGCAUGCAAGAAGAAAAUAUCUCAUCUAUUUAAGAGAGGCGAUCGAAAGUCUUAAAAGUUUGGAGUGGUGGUGAAAUUACGAGCAAAUACCUGAAGAUGAUAGAGUUAAUGUAGCUGGCCCUGGGAGGUAGGAGUUGUUUGCUUGGCAUUUGCUUCCUUCCUUUCUCUACUAUCACUGUUUGUAAGAUUUUUGUACAGGUGUGAAUAGUAUAUCAUAGUUGUCAGCU